AUUUAUUGCGCCUUGAAGAAGAAGACAAAAUGGCUGAACAUUUUCAAUAAACGAAACGACUUUGGUUGUGCUGGGUGGAAGUUUACAUUUUCUCGAAAAUGACAGCUGUGGCAGCUGUAGCAGCUCCAGAGAAAAUGAAGUCUCUGUUUGGGGACCUGGGUAAACCUACUAUGAGAGGUGUACGAAAAUGUCCUAAAUGUGGUACAUUUAACGGAACACGAGGAGUAAGCUGUAAGAAUAAGUUAUGUGAUGCUGUGUUUAAGGAAAAGGAGAGGAAAAAAGGUCAUAGCGCCGAUGCUGUAAAAAUCAUCACAGGUUCUACUGUUCAAGUAUUUUCAGUACGAUUACGAGAUCGAGGUCCUGAUUAUAGAGGCUUUGUCCAGCUACCGUUAGUUCAAGAUCUAGAUGGUAAUCCUGCUACAGUUGUGGAUGCAGCUGUGUUGGCAGGAGCAGCAAGAUGUUACGUAGAUACCUGUAAUAAACCUGGUAAUACUAUUGCUAUGCAGGAUCAAGCUUGUACCCAUAUUAAAUCAGCCAUUGACUGUUCUCAGGAGGCUCAACCUCUAACUCUUAAAAACUCAGUUUUAAACUCAUUACAAGUAACAAAUGAAACGAAGCAAGCUAUCUGGUUGUUAGCCACAGAAACUACAGGCCCGUUAGUGCAGCGUGUGACAAAAAACAUUAUGGUUGUUAAAUGUAAACCUAACUCGAAACAACCCAUGGGAUUCUUACAUUUCUCAUUCUUUGAAGUGAAUAAAAAUAAAUCUGAUCACCAUGAAUAUAAGUUUCAAUGUAGCUGUAAAGCAUUUAGGAGUUACAAACAUGGGGUUGUGAAAGAUGAUAAUUUAAAGCGUUGUGUUCACUUUUAUGCUUGUAUUUGUGCAUUUGCCAGUGAUGAUAAACUGGCCGAAGAAUUUAAUUAUUAUAUCAAUUUAGAUAAUACAGGACCUUUAGAAAUGGUGACUGAUCCACAAGUGCUAACUAUUUAUCCUUCAUCUGAAGUGUCUGUGUCUACUACAGAACCUAAUACAUUAGAAGUUAUGGUUAUGGAAGAAGGUUUAUUAGGUGAACCUAUUGUCAAGAGAAAGAGAAAAGAUGAUUCAAUAGCUCAAGCUAGCAGUGCAUUGUUAAACUUACAAGAAAUACAUAACUCCAGUAAAAAAUCUAGUCCUACCAAAUCUCAAAGCCAAAAAACAUCUCAAACUCCAAAGAAACCAGCACAAAUUCCAUUAGAUGAGGGGCAAGCAACUGUGGGGUAUUUACAGUGGUUAUCUAGUGUCACAGAGAGAAUAAAUCAAACCAUGCAUUAUCAAUUUGAUGGUAAUCCCGAACCAUUAGUAUUUCAUGCUCCGCAGACUUUCUUUGAUUGUCUACAACAGAGAAUCUCAGCCGGUAACAAAAAAAGACGUCUUCCUAAUUUUACUACAGGCUUUGUACGAAAAGAUGCCCUACCACUUGGAACUUUCACCAAAUAUACAUGGCAUAUUACUAAUAUAUUACAUGUGAAACAAAUAUUUGAUACACCUGAAAUAUCCCUAGAUAUUACAAGAAGUUUUAUAGAAAAUCGAGAUGGUUCAUAUGAGUUAUAUGAAGCUCCUAAAGUAGAGGUAGAAUCUCUUGAUGACACUAUUAAAAAUCAAACAAAGAAUCAAACUCCAAUUCGUCCAUUUGAAAGAAAAACAUUCCUCAAAGUUGGCACAUCCUCUGGUGAACAUAAGGAACCCACUCCAUUUAUUAUAGAAUGGAUACCAGAUAUUUUACCUAAGUCAAGAAUUGGAGAGUUAAGAAUUAAGUUUGAAUAUGGACAUCAGCGAAAUGGACAUGUUGAACAACGAAUACAUGUACCAUUUCAAGACAUACCUUUACAAACUAUACAAACCAUUCACGUACAGGAAAUAUAAAUGAUUAAUUACUUAAAUCAGCUUGAAAUGAAAGUGUAUAGUGUGUAGGGAAGUUGUAAUUUUAAUGAUGAGAGAAUAGAUUUGAGUGUGAAUUUAGUCAAUGUAAAAGGAGAAGAGUAUUAAAUACAUAGGUGUGGUUUUAGUGCUGACUGAUGGUGAAUUAUGAUUAUUAUUAGCAAUUUUCAAUCAGUGUGCUAUUUUACUUGUCUUAAAGAAGAACUACUAGUGUCUCAACAAAUGGAUUUUUGUUACUUUGAAAAUAUAUGAUCAAGUAAUUAAGAUAUGAAGUUAUGGUAAAUGUAUAACAGAAUUAAAUAUUGACAGUUGCUACAAUGUAUGUGUAUGUACACACCUCCACAAUACAUGUAUCUCUCACAGAAAUUAUUGAUGUUUUAAGGUGGCUGUUCUCCCGUAUCAAACGUCUGUAAUGUCAUUAUGGGUUGAUAUUGAGGUACAUGCAAUUGUAACCUCCAAUAUCCACAUCCUUUGAAUUUCACGUGCACAAGGUAAGCAACGAGUGAUACUAGUUAAUAAUCCAACUUGUGUCAAUAUAUAGGUCAGAUAGCAACGUAUUUCCACAAUUGUUAUGCGAAAUAAAACCUGCAGACUCGGCCCUCAGGAUUUUUAUUUUGAAUAACGACACAGGAAGCGUUUGGUAUCGUAUGUAGUAUCUGGUGAAUAUAUUACUAUUACUGAAUAAGAAAAAAAAAAUUAUUUUAAGUCUUGAUCAUCACUGGCAUAUUUAAGAAACUAUCUAAUUUUUCUUGGUUUAAUCCAUCUUAAAAUAUACUCAAAUUGUUUAUUUAUAAUUUCAUUAAGAAAACAAAAUAAAAAAGCGGAACAUAAUCUUCCAUCUUGGAUUCAAUCAGAUUAAAAAGAAGCACCUCAAAACAUUUUAGCUUAGAUUAUAGACAGUGCUGGCAUGUUUGGACCAUGUCCCAAUUUUAUCAUCUGCAGAGCUUUAAGAGUUUUAAAUUCAUCAUAUCUUUGUAAAUACUGAAUCAAACCUUUUUUGGACUGAUACCGGUAUUCCUUUUAGAGAUUCAACUUUCACAUUAAUUUGAUUUUCAAGGGAUUAAAGAUCUCUCAAAAGAUGGUCAGAGACUUUUAGGAUGAAAUAAUAAAAAGGAGCAAUGUCAUCACCUCUGAUUAAUCAUGGUUUUGUUUUAAAAAAAAACCCCAACCCAACAGUUGUCGACUAUUACUACACUUUUACAUGUAAAUUAUGUGUUAUUAGUUCUGAGAGAACAUAAUUUUACAAAACUGUUAAUAUGCAUAAUGUCCACUAGUCAAGGCUCUAAUGGUCAGAGUUAUUGAGAUUUUUUUAAAAAGAACCUUGCUGGAGUUGUUCGGCUGGUCGUAAGGAGGAACUCAUUGUUUUUGGCAAAGCUAUUGAACGUCAUCAAAAUUGUUAAAAUUUUCUACAGGCCAGGUUUUUUUUUUUUUGGAGUAGCACAUUAGUUUUUGUGGAAUUAUUUCCCCUGUUACAGGAACCUUGUCAACACUGUAUACAGAUGAGUGAGGUGACAGUUACAUGUGUUGAGAAUAUUUUGAUAUGACUCUUGCCAAGCUUCAAAAUGUUGUUACAUAUAUUAUAUAUUUGUUGUUGGGCAAUGCCCUUGAAAACAUUUUCCACUUUCUGACUUAUAUUUAUGUGAUUUGCUACUGUUUAGCUAAAAUAUAGCAAAAAACAUUAAAUCCUGACAAAUUCUCAUUUAGAUAAUUGGUAUUAUAGGUAUGAAAUAAUUGCAGGCACUAAAUCAAUGUAAAAACUUGGACUGAUUAUAGUAGACAUCAAUUGUUCAUUAUUCAAGGUAUGUUACACUUAACCUUGGCACAGAAGAAUUAGGUAGAACUAAAUGUUCUUGACAUUUCAUGAAAAAAAACCAGUAGUGGACUAAUUUUUAUAAUAAUAAUAAAUGUACUUUUGUAAUAAGAUAGAAUCUAUAAAGCGUGCUCAAAGCACUAUAUCAUAGAUGUUUUGCGUUAAUUUAUGACACAUUGAUUUCAUGUUAUACAAUUUAUAACUUUUAUAUAAAUCAAAAGCAUUUAUUAGAAUUAAUGGGCAUUUAACUCAUCACUGAUUUAGGCAUCCUAGGUAUCCCCAGUGGUUUCAUUCCGUUCUACUCCACUAACCCCUGGGGUAAAUCUAUGAGGGAGACAUGUUAUCAAGUUAUGCGCCCUUGAUGAUUGUACUAUUUUUAUCGGCCAAUCCCAUGCAUCGUUAAUUGAAAAAGGAAGUUGGCAAAGGGAAGUAACUCUCAUCGGACAAGUUUAGGGGUUGGCCUAAUUACCCUUAUAAAAUUGAAGGCAAAACGACUGGUUUGUAAACUGUUUCUUGAUUGGUUCGUAGACCUUAUCUACAAUCAAGCCCAGGGCAGAUAAUUUGAAAUCGUGAAAACCCUAUGGAUUAACCCAGGGUAUAGUGGAGUAGAAUGGAAUGAAAACACUGGGAAUACCAAGGAUGUGAUUUAGGGUUCAACUUUUUGUUUCUAAUAUAAUAAGUGUUUCUUUUAUUUCAAUUGUAAAAAUAGGUUAUUUUACAUUGACAUGUUUCCUAAUUUAUUACAUAUUGUGCCUUCUGACAGCAAAUUGUAAUAUUAUUACUAUCAUAUUUUACAUUUGUACGAAUCAGAUAUUUUUGUGUUGAGAAUAUAAUGGUUGCAUUAAAGUUGGUAUUGACAAGUUAUUGACUGUUAUUAUUAUUAUUGAUUAUUAUAUGUUGGUAAGUAAAUAUACCAAAUGUUAAUAAAAAGUAUUCUUUA